GCUAGAAUGGCUCGUACUCUCUGAUAUCCGUCAAAAGAAACGCCAUCGGAGUAAACACAAGCAGCAAAAACGGGCCGAAUCUCUGAUGCCCCUCCUGAUAUCGCUGUUGGAACAUCGCAAGGAACACGGUUUGGGGGUGAAGAGACUUGACAUUGACUUCGGGACCAAGAUCGGACCCAGGGAUGAGUUCGAGCGGUACAUUGGAAAGCUGGAGGCGCUGGUUGAGGAGCUCGAGUAUCGCAAUGAGACAUCGGAGGACAAAGUGCGACACCUGCGAUGGCGAUUCUGGUGACCCCGAGGAGAAACUGCGAGAUUCUGACUCAGUAUUGCCGUAGAGCUCGUAGUUGAGGUGGACGGCAAU